AAACCCUCUAACAAAUUGACCAUCUCAAGAAAAUCAUCAACCCCCCAUCUCAAUCUUGAACAUUCGCUCUUCGACAACGACAACCCGCACCGAUCAGCGAAACUUCUUGAGCAUCAACAAACCGAAAUCAUGGCUGACGAUCCCGAUUACAACGCUGAGGAGGCCGCUGAGCUCAAGAAGCGCCGUCAGUUCCGCAAGUUUUCCUACCGAGGAAUCGACCUUGACGCCCUUCUCGACCUCUCUUCCGAGCAACUUCGCGAUGUCGUCCACUCCCGUGCCCGCCGCCGGAUCAACAGAGGUCUUAAGCGCAAGCCUAUGGGCUUGAUCAAGAAGCUUCGCAAGGCCAAGCAAGAGGCUAAGCCCAACGAGAAGCCCGACCUCGUCAAGACGCACCUGCGAGACAUGAUCGUUGUCCCCGAGAUGAUUGGCAGCGUUAUCGGCAUCUACUCCGGAAAGGAGUUCAACCAGGUCGAAGUCCGACCCGAGAUGGUUGGCCACUACCUAGGAGAAUUCUCCAUCUCAUACAAGCCUGUCAAGCACGGUAGACCCGGUAUCGGUGCCACUCACUCUUCUCGUUUCAUCCCUCUCAAGUAAAUGUGUGGAAAAUGGAGGGUAUUACUUGCAUUCACGGAUUGGGCGAACGGAAUGGUUCUUUUCGGUAGAUAGGCAAUGACCAUCAACCGAUAUGGAUGCGCUGCAUGAUAAUGAAUGAAAUCAUUUUGCGCAUAACAAAC